UUUCCACGGUCAAGUAAUUUCCUCUGUAUCUGGUAAACCUUUGCCCAGGCAGGAUGCCUCACUCAAGACCUCACACCCACAACUGAGUCGACUCGAUAUCACACAGAUCACUUUGCUACUGACAGUGGACUUUGUCCUUCUUUAUGAGGAAGUCUUGGGUGUAGAAUGUUGCUGACCGAGGCACAGGAUUAAAAUAAAAGUUGUAUUUCUGCUAAAACAUAGAUAAUACAAAAGGACGUAACAGCAACGUUCAUCUGCCAGACAUCACAGGUGUGUCAGCUCUGGACUGAGGAUGUUCAGGAGUAACAGUCCCUUUGGCAAUGACACCAGCAGCUAUGCAGGAUCCAUUCAGUCUAAUGGUUAUUCCACCAUGGAUGAGGUAUCCUCACAGGUCUCAGGUCUGUCGAGGCCCAGUGCAAAGUCAAUUUACUUGAAAAGGAAGGAGUAUGCAGAGUCUGUAAACACGAUGAUGGACAUAUUUCAGUACAGAGUGGAGCACCUGUUCACCUGUGACCUGGAUGGGAAGGAGCUGAGAAGCGUGGCCGACUGUGUGGAGCGUCUGAAGCUGCUGGAGGAGAUGGGUUGUGUGUGGGGUCAGAACAUGCUGCUGGAGGUGCGCGGCGCCAAACUUCAGCUCACAGACAUUGAAACCAAGGAAGAGCUGGAGUCCGUGGCUCUUAGUGACAUCCUGGAGCUGAAGGCGGUGCCGGACAAUGGAGUGUUUAACUCCCUGCUCACAAUGUCAGUUCAGCCUGUGAGAAAAAAGACCACCACUGUCUUCAUGUUCCAGUGUGAAGAUGUCAGGGCUGACUAUGUUCAAAGGGCUCUCUCACGGGCGCUGUCACGCAAGAGAGAGGACCCAAGCUUUAGCAGUAGUUCAGGAGUUGUAUCUGGUCACAAAGGAGUGGAAAACGAUCACGACUUUGCAGCAACCUCUGAACCUGCAGAGCAGAACCCUGCAGUUCAUUCGUUGUCCCAGUGGAUGGCUCCUGACCAUGAAGAGGAUGAAAUCCAUGAGCCUCAAAAUGUUAUUCCUUGUGAAGAGCAGGCUUCAGCUUUCAGAGAGGAGGCACCAUCACCACAGCCCUCAAAUGCUGAAGAAGAACCUUUGCCUCCUCCACGCCCAUACACAGAGCUGGACAAGAGUGUGGAUACCUUGAAUCAUAUUCUAAGUGACAUUGAAAUCUUCAUGGGACAAGUGGCUGCAGUAGCAGCUAAAAAUGCAAAGAAAAAGAAGAAGAAGAAGAAAGGAAAAGUCAUGGACGGUAUGCCCCCUACAGAAGAAUUUGCAUCAUGUCUCCACAAGAUCAAAUGUGGUUUCAACCUUCUGGGGGAGCUCAAUGGCAAGAUUAACAAUCCCGGUGCUCCUGAAUUUGUUCACUCCCUCUUCUCCACAUUAACAUUUGUAAUACCUCACUGUCCUGAGGAUCUGCCGCCAACCAUCGUGGCUCCACUGCUGACGCCUCAGUGUAUCCGUCUCAUGAGCGAAGAGGCGUCCACAGAGGAGGACCAGCUGUGGCAGUCCCUAGGAGACGCCUGGAACAUCCCCAGUACCAAAUGGCCAGAGGAUGACGAGGACAUCCCAACAUACACUCUGGAGUUCUCUGACGGCUGGAAGCCCCCUGAAUUAACUUCAGCACCUGUAUUCAGUGAACCUGUGAGCAAACAGGAAAGUCCACAACCUGCACCCAUCCAGAUUUCAGCCAACGGGACACCACCACAUCGCCCACAACAAGCAGGCUCAGGUGAGUCAAAGACACGUCACAUGCGAGCUAUGUAUGACUUUAUUUCAAGAAACCACAGAGAGCUCACCAUCAGAAAAGGAGAAAUAGUUGAGGUGCUGGAUGUGUCAAAGCAGUGGUGGAAAGUGAGGAACAGCAGCGGGGAGGAGGGCUUCGUACCCAACAAUGUCCUGGAGGCUCAUGACAAACAACAAGAUGAGUAUUCUCAGCAAACUGGAGAUUCUGCUGUCCUAACAAAGAGGUCCAAGCCUGCAGAAGUGAGAGCCUGGCUGGAAGAGAAGGGCUUUAGCAGAAUCACCGUGCGCUGUCUGGGCGUGCUGAGUGGCUCCAUGCUGCUGGGGAUGACCCGAGAGGAACUGAAGACGGUGUGUCCAGAGGAAGGAGGGCGAGUCUUCUUCCAGUUACAAGCAGUCAAGUCUGCCAUGGCUAACUAUUAA